AUUGGUCUCUGCUUUCCAUAUUCCGUAUUAAUUCUGUAUUUUCUUGCCAUCUUGCAGGCAUUUUAGUAACUUUCAACUCAGUUUCUAAGCUUCCAUGAGAACCGAAUUUUCGUACAUAUCAUUUGCUCAAUUGUUCUUUAUUUAUACAAGUGUAAUAUUAAUUAAAUGUAAAUAGAAAUUGUGAAUAACUGAGUUUUUUAGUAGUGUACAUUUUUGAGUAUUAGUAACAUAUAGUUUAAAAUGUCAUUCCCUGUACAUAAAAAUUGGAGCCAAGAGUUUCCAUAUUUUUGUCGACCUGCAAUCGUUGGUUAUUUUAGUUUAAAUCAGGAAAGGAAAAUGCAUUUAGAUUCAUCUAAGCUAUCAUAUCUUUAUCAUCGAUUACCUCUUAAAACCGUUAAUUUUGAUUUGAAUAAAGGAAUCGAUAUUGUUCAAAGAAAACCUGAUAAUCCUGAGAGAAUAAAUCAUUUAUUAAAGUGGAUUAUGAGCAAUUUUGAUAAAAUUUUAGCAAAUCCAUGUAGUGGAAGAUGGUUACUACCACACUUUAUUUGUUAUCGUGGGCUCCUUACGAAAAUAGCAAAAACUCCAUACGAUUUGAAAGAAGGAUGGAUUAUUUGCGCAGCUAAAUGGCGAGGAAAUAUAUAUUUAUGUUUAUUUGAAACAGAAGAAGAAAAAAUUGAGAAAGCAACAAGGACUGAAAAACAAUGGCGAUUUAUGUCUUGGGGAUUCAAAUUUGAACAGUACAUGGUAUCUGAUUCUCCGGAUAAACCUCCAGAUACUUCGAAAGCCGUUAAUGAAGCUGAAGAAUUUAACUGUGUAUUUCAAACUCAAUUAAUACAUCAUCAUUUACUUUAUGCUGCUGAAAUGGACGCAUUAUUAUCUGAUAAAAAAUUGGUAGAUCCAUUACCACUUGAUAAAUUACAAUUUAUUGAGUUAAAAACAAAUAGAAUUAUUGAAAGUUCUCAGCAGAAUGAAAAUUUGAAAAAAUUUAAAUUAUUACGAUGGUGGUGUCAAAGUUUCUUAGUGGGUACGGAACGUAUCAUAUGUGGAUUUCGGGAUGACCGAGGAAUCGUCAAGGAAUUGAAGGAUUUUCGAGUGUCUUCUAUUGCAAGAUAUUCUAAGCACUACUGGAAAGCUUCAAAAGUAAUGAACUUUUGUGAUGCAUUUUUAGAAUAUGUUGCAAAAACUGUGGUUUAUGAUUAUGAUCACACAAUCUAUAAAUUUGAGAGGAUUCCGUAUAAAGAUAUUGUGUUAACAACAGAAUCACCAUCAUCAGAAAACGUUUUUCUGCCAGAUUGGUAUACGAAACAAAAUCUGUGAUCAAACUAUAUCAAUUG